ACCAAUUUAUUACUGAUGAACAUAUGGCCAAUAUUUUGCCGCACGUCACAGAGGAGGAAAACAAACAUUCCGUGCAAUGUUAGCGAAACACCAGGAGCUGAGCCUCUUGGGCAGCUAUGCAAACGCACUUGGACGAUAUCUGGAGAGGAGCACUUGCUUUUGAGUAUAAAAAGCACAUCAUCCUUAUCUCUGCACGCACUCCUGACUUCCAUUCAAGGUAUUUCAUUAACUCUCUCCGUCUUAACGCUGGAUACACCACUUAGCCCCUUUCAGCAAUCACCAGAGGAUUGCCAAACUGGUGCUGCAACUUUCCUGCAUAAAUUUACCCCGAAUAUGUCGUUGACCAACACAAAGACGGGCUUUUCAGUAAAGGACAUCUUGGACCUCCCUGACACCAACGAUGAAGAGGGCUCUGUUGCAGAUGGAGCGGAGGAAGACACAGAGGGGUCCGAAGCAACAAAAACGGCUGGAGUUUUGGGGCAAAGCCCCCUUGAAAACGUACAAAACCUUCCUUUAAAGAACCCAUUUUAUGAUAACAGUGAUAAUCCUUACACAAGAUGGCUUGCCACUACGGAGAGCAUUCAGUAUUCAAUACAUGGUUUAUCAUCCAACUCCCAACAACAGGACUCCUCGGCUAAGUCGCCAGAGCCUUCUGCUGAUGAAUCCCAAGACAACGACAAGGAGACCUCAAGCAACGGCAGCGACUCCGGGAAGAAGCGGAAGAGGAGAGUACUUUUCUCUAAGGCUCAGACUUAUGAGUUGGAGCGGCGCUUCAGGCAACAGAGGUACCUCUCAGCUCCCGAAAGGGAACACCUGGCUAGUCUGAUCCGUCUCACACCAACCCAGGUGAAAAUCUGGUUCCAAAAUCACCGAUACAAGAUGAAGCGGGCUCGAGCAGAGAAAGGUAUGGAAGUGACUCAUCUCCCUUCCCCGCGUCGGGUGGCAGUGCCCGUCUUAGUCAGGGACGGCAAACCGUGUCAUACUCUCAAAGCUCAGGACUUGGCAGCCACUUUCCAGGCUGGAAUUCCCUUUUCGGCGUAUAGCGCCCAGUCUCUCCAGCAUAUGCAAUAUAAUGCUCAGUACAGUUCAACCGGUACUACCCAGUUCCCCACAGCGCAUCACUUGGUGCAAACCCAGCAGUGGACUUGGUGAACUAUAAAGACUGUCAAAAUAGGCUUGGGGUUAAAGAAACUCAAAAGAACAGAAUAAAGAAAAAAAAAAGACUUCGACAUUUUACAGCUUCAUUAAUUUCAACAAUUUUAUUUUGGGGUGUUUCGUGCGUCAUGUUUACAUGAAGUUAUUACAUUUUGUCGUUUUAGUUUUUGUUUUGUUUUGUUCUGUUUUGCUUAAUCAUGAAAAUCAGUUUCUGCCUCCAUAGAUCUGAACAUUUUAAUGUUCUUGUGAUUUUUGUAAAGUAUGUUUGUGUGAUGUAGAGAUGUUUAUUUUUUUAUUUUAACAUUUUUGUUCACUCGUGUAUAAAGCACGUACAGAAACACUUUAAAUAUAGAUAUUUUAUUUCAUGUUUCUUUUAUAUUGAACUUGACAUAUUUAUAGCCAUGUAAAAAUUUGGCAAAUUUUAGUUUAUUUUAAUAUUUCCAUUUAUUAUUAUUAUUAUUAUUUUGUAAAUAUUUUUGUGGUCAGUGUCGCCAUACAGCUAACCAUUCAGGAAGUUUGGCUGGAUACAAAUAUUAUAUCACCCCAUACUUAUCCCCUAUCCGAAAAUAAUGAUAACAUGGGGAAAGAAAUCAGAAUAAAGGAUAUACAAAGAUAUCGUUAAUAAUUAUGUGAAUAACCAUAAAUAAACGCGAAUUAAUGGAGGCUUUCCGGUUUUUAUAAGUCUUUUAAUAAAAAUGCUGUGUUUCAGAAACUACGUUUGGGUUGGUUCUCUUGACUAUUGUCAUAAAUAAUUACUAUUUUAUCUUAAGCUAUCUAAGAAACAAAUCUUUCUCUUUCCCAGAAGAUUUAUUUAUUUAUUUAUUUAUUUACUUAUUUAUUUAUUUAUUUAUUUGCUUGCCUGUCGACGUUCUUUAGUGUUUGGAUUACAUGCAAAGUAUCCAGUUGCUGCUAGUCAUGUUUUGUUACAGAGUGUUCUUAAAUAUCAGAUGACUCGACCAUGCAUCUUAAAUUUUCCGUGUUUAGCUACUUAGCGGCUAAGCGGGAUAAAGUCACUUGUGAAAAUGAAAAAUAAACCCCACUUACUUAAUGUAAGAGGGAUUCUUCAGCCGAACUGCCUUUGAUUUCCGUACAAACUCAAUGGCUUCUACUUUGAUGUCCUUUGACUUGCAUCUCAAGAACAAGAUGUUUGUCACGUUCUUAAAUAUAUAUGGUUUUAGAAUUAGGUAAACAGGCAGAUGAAUUUCAGUUCUGACUAUUCUGAAACAUUAAAUUGGUUUUACCACUAAUAUGUAGUCUACUUGUGUUUAUUUUUUGGGCAAUUUUUGGGUGGUUUCUUUAUUCGGAAAAUAACCAGUAGCAAAGAACUAAAAUUGUGUGAUAUUGUAGAACACUCCUUAUAGUUCAUGUGUUCGGGACUCAUCCGUAAUAAUUAAUUUCUUAACCAAUUUGUUUAUAUACGACUAUAUAUACCACUGUACCGUUAUGCAAUUGUACCGUUAUACAUUGUUACUAUUUUCUCCUGGCAAAUUAUGAUUAGAUUAUAUUGAAAUAUGUAGGGAUCCUUUUACGGUUAAACAGAUACGUUCUUAUGUAUUCAUUGUUGCUUUAUCGCAAGUCGAUGACAGUUUAAACCAGUUACUUGAGCAACCUAACAGAAACUUUCCAGUGGCAUGUGUCCGUCCAUUUACUGUAGCCGCUUUAUCCAAAUGAUGGUAGCGGGGCAUCACGACGAGAACCAACCCUGUAGGCGCCAACCGCAACAUCGGGAUUAUAAAAUUGAAGUAAAAAAAUGGAAGGCACAAAAUUAUCCUUGUGUUCUCGUAAU